UCAGUUGUAAACUGAUAUGUGGUGUGUGAGUAUGAGUGGAUAUGCACGAAAGAGAAAAUGAACAGUCGCUACUUAACAACAGGCGUUUGAGACAGUGAACCCAAGUCGUGUGUUAGCAGGGACGAGACAUAUUCAAGGACUUUCCUGCCCUGCUUUGACAAUGUGGGAGCAGGCGGAAUUUGAGAAGCACUGGAGGAAUGAGUUUCCCGACGGAGAAGCGCCCGCGAUGAACCUCAGCUCGGUGGAGGACAUAGAGGCAGAGCUGAUGAAAUGCAAAGCCAAUCUGAAGGUGUUACAGCAGGCUCUCACGGAGGAGAAGUUCAAGGUGAUCUACCUGCAGACCACCAUCGCGCAGAAGAAGAAAACUUGUCACUUUGAAAGUCGGUGCAACAAGGCAGAUUCAAAGAAGGACAGUCCUUGCGACUCAGACAGCAAAGGCGUGGACGAGCCGUUCGUCCGGGACAUAGCGUUACUCCGGGGCAGCAAGACAGGUAAACCCAUCCUCGUCCCUCCUCGGAAAAAGCCCGAUAUUCCGCGAGAACCCUCGGCGGCGCGCGACAUCUCUCGGUGCGUUGCCGAGCAACGGAUAAACGAGCAAGACAGUGACCACGAGUUCGAGGAUGUGGAGCUCAACGAAAACUUUCUGCGAAAAAACAUACUCAACCCAAAGGGUAACGUCCGCGAGAGUCAGCUGCGGAAUCCUCGCGUCCGCUUGAGUCGAGACCUGGACUCGGAUGAUGGCAGACUGUCUCCUUCCCUCGCGCUCCGCGGCUCUCACGGGUCUGGACGCAGCACACCUGACGGAUACCCGAGCUCCGACCAUGACGACUCCUCCUCUGCAGACUUUAACUACAACACUGAUGGCUAUGAGGGAGAUACUGCAGAGGACAGGAAGUCUCAGGAUGGCUCAGAGACCAUGCCAUUCAUUGACGAGUCGCCCACCAUGUCCCCUCACCUCUGCGCACAGGGACAGGAUGGAGAGGCCGUCUCACCCACACCACCAGAAGGGGGAGACACAGAGAAAGGUCUGGAGAUGAAGAAACUGGUUCUGUCUGGUUUUCUGGCCAGUGAGGAGAUCUAUAUUAACCAGCUAGAGGCGUUGCUGCUGCCCAUGAAGCCUCUUAAAGCCACAGCUACUACAUCAAAGCCAGUGCUGACAAUGGAGCAGAUUGACACUAUUUUCUUCAUGAUCCAAGACAUCUUUGAGAUCCAUAAGGAGUUUUAUGAUGCUCUUUCUCCCAACAUUCAGCAGUGGGAUGAGAAGGUCACUGUCGGACAUCUUUUCCAGAAACUGGCCAGUCAGCUCGGUGUGUACAAAGCCUUUGUGGACAACUAUAAAAUGGCAGUGGAGACAGCAGAGAAAUGCAGCCAGGCCAACAGCCAGUUUCAGAAAAUCUCUGAGAAUCUGAAAGUUAAAGGUCCUAAAGAAUCCAAGGACUGCACCACAUCUGCUACCAUGGAGGCUCUCCUCUACAAGCCUAUUGACCGUGUUACUCGCAGCACUCUAGUUUUGCAUGACUUGUUGAAACACACUCCUAAGGAUCAUCCAGACUUCCCUCUGCUUCAGGAUGCUCUGAGAAUAUCCCAGAACUUCCUGUCCAGCAUCAAUGAAGAGAUCGACCCGCGCAGGACUGCCGUGACCACACCGAAGGGAGAGGUUCGUCAGCUGGUGAAGGAUGGCUUCCUGGUGGAGGUGUCGGAGGGGACGCGUAAACUCCGUCAUGUCUUCCUCUUCACAGACCUUCUGCUCUGUGCCAAGAUGAAAAAGACCGCAGUUGGGAAACAUCAGCAGUAUGAAUGUAAAUGGUACAUCCCGCUGGCUGAUCUGAGCUUCCAGACUCUGGAUGACUCUGAUUCUCUCCCUCACGUGCAGACGCUCCCUGAGCAUGAGAUCGAGGAGAUGAAGAUCAAGAUCUCCAUCAUCAAAAGCGAUAUCCAGAAAGAGAAGAAAGCACAGAAGGGUCAGAGUCGUAAUGUGGAUCGUCUCAGGAAGAAGAUGAACGAGCAGGAGUCGUGUCUGCUGUUACACUCCCCCACCAUCCCAUUCCGCAUCCACAACAAACACGGCAAGAGCUACCUGUUCCUGCUGUCCUCAGAUUAUGAGAGGUCAGAAUGGAGGGAGAGCAUUCAGAAACUGCAGAAGAAAGACUUGCAGGCCUGUGUGUUGAGUUCAGUAGAGCUACAAGUGUUGACCGGCUCCUGCUUCAAACUCCGAACUGUCCACAACAUUCCCGUCACCAGCAACAAAGAUGAUGAGGAAUCUCCUGGUCUGUACGGCUUCCUGCAUGUGAUCGUCCAUAAAGCCACGGGCUUCAAAGAAUCUGCCAAUCUGUACUGUACGCUGGAGGUGGACUCUUUUGGUUACUUUGUCAGUAAGGCCAAAACACGUGUGUUCAGAGACACAACAGAACCACAGUGGAAUGAGGAGUUUGAAAUAGAGCUGGAGGGCUCUCAGUGUCUGCGGAUCCUGUGCUACGAGAAGUGUUACGACAAAACAAAGCUCAAUAAGGACGAUAAUGAGAUUGUGGACAAGAUCAUGGGAAAGGGACAAGUACAGCUGGACCCACAGACUGUGCAGUCCAAAAACUGGCAUAUGGACGUCAUAGAAAUGAAUGGGAUUAAAGUGGAGUUUUCCAUGAAGUUUACCAGUCGGGACUUAAGCUUGAAGCGGACGCCAUCUAAGAAACAGAGCGGCGUGUUUGGGGUCAAAAUCAGUGUGGUAACAAAGCGUGAACGCUCCAAGGUGCCUUACAUUGUGCGGCAGUGCAUUGAGGAGGUGGAGAAGAGAGGGAUUGAUGAAGUGGGCAUUUACAGGAUCUCUGGAGUGGCCACAGACAUCCAGGCCCUCAAAGCUGCGUUUGACGCCAAUACCAAAGAUAUCCUGAUGAUGUUGAGUGACAUGGACAUUAAUGCCAUCGCAGGGACACUGAAAUUGUAUUUCAGGGAGCUGCCAGAACCUCUUCUCACAGACCGGCUAUACCCAGCCUUCAUGGAGGGCAUUGCUCUCUCAGAUCCUGCAGCAAAAGAAAACUGCAUGAUGCAUCUGCUGCGGUCGCUACCAGACCCAAAUCUCAUCACAUUCCUCACCCUACUAGAACACCUGAAGAGGGUUGCAGAGAAGGAGCCGGUCAAUAAGAUGUCUCUGCAUAAUUUGGCCACAGUGUUUGGCCCCACUCUGCUGAGACCGUCGGAGUCAGAGAGCAGUAAGGCCCACAUCACGCUGGCCUCUGACAUCUGGUCACAUGAUGUCAUGGCACAGGUUCAGGUAUUGCUGUACUACCUGCAGCAUCCACCCAUUUCCUUCGCUGAGCUGAAGAAGAACACUCUCUAUUUCUCAACUGACGUCUAACCCCAACAACAGACUCCCUUCCUCUCAAACAUUGUCUUUUUUGUGUACAAAGCCAACUGUCCAGUGGGGGGACAGUGAGAGACUGUGACCACUCUCCCCAGUGUUUGUUGUCUCCAGUCAUGUUCAUGUGUAAAGGGAGCUUACGCUUCGCUCCAGCGCGGAGAAGAGCUGCAGCGAGAGGAGGACCAUCUCUAGCGAGCCCAGGAUUCGGCAUCACCUUAUACAGACAUUGCACUUAUCACACACGUGUCCUGCCAAACACAAACACACGUCCUACUACGUCAAGCACCUCGUUUACCGUCCCCUCCGAAGGUUCGUGUCUUGGGAUGUAGGUUGGUCUGAGUUGCAGAUGCAUGCUGGGAUGUCUGCAUCCGUUGUGGCGUCUCCUCUAAAGCCCAGUUCAGUGAUCCCGGAGCUGGAAAUCAACUGCAGAUGCUCUCUUCCCGAAGAGACGUUCUAGUAAACAUCAGCAUUUACAUGUUUUAGAAAUAUUUUUUGUUUGGUUUCAAAAACUUUUGUGCAUGUGAUAAUGAGGACAGUGAGCUGUGAGUGUGUGUGUGUGUGUGUGUGUGUGAGAGAGAGAGAGAGAGAGAGAAAGAGCAAAUCCAUUAGUUCAAAAUACAUGUCUCAUGCUGUGAGUGUUUCCUUCUGGGGAAAACAUUGAAAUCCCAGACCUUCCUUGUCCAAGUACAUCCAGGCCAAAAAUCGCCCUAUUUAUUAUGAAUAUAUACUGUUAAUUGUGCCUGUACAGUUCAGUACACUUUGAGACUCUCUGGAGUCCUUCAUUUUUUUAUUUGUUUUAACUUCCUGUCAGUAUAGACUUGAUUAUACUGUAGAAGAGAGAAACUAACUGUUAAAUCAGCCAGCUUUUGGGACAAGUAUGCAUUGUAGUGAGAUUAUACUUGGGAAAAUGCAAAACUAUGUCUUGAUUUGGAGAAAAAUCAUCUCCUGUCAUCUUUGCAAGUUGAAGUGUCUGGUGAUGCUUCAGUUUAUUCUGUAGAAAGAUCUGUGUUAUUUGCCCUUUUUUGCAUGUUCAGCUUGUCAGAUAAAAAGUGGCAGGAUAACACAAAGGUUCAUUUUCUUCUUUGUAUUUUGAUUUUAUUUAAUGAUUAAUAUUAUUAUUAUUAUUUUUACUCCACUGCUGAAGACCACUGGCAGAGCGGAGGGAAGAAUGAAACUUUUCUUCUAUAAAGCCAGUGACAUACUUCAUAAGCACUGUUAGAUUGCAGACUAUUUGAUAUUUUAAUAUAAAGGGAAAUUAAAAACUGGUGUAUUUUAUUUCUGUUGGAAGGAUAUUGAGUAUGCUGUAUUAACAAGGGUAAAUGUUGAUGUGACCUUUUUUCCCCGUUUUUAGUAAAAUAAAUAAAAGUACAUUGAGCACAGCAA